AUGACUUCACCAUCUGGUGAGAAGAAGCAUGCAGAGCCAGAUCCUCGUGAUCGUCCAUCACUCCUUCAACCACCAGCGACUAUCGUCUCACCCCCUUCUCCAACUGACGCCAAGGAUUUUCACCCUCCAACUUUCUCCUUUUCUCCUCAACCCGCUGCUGCUACGAAUAGCGAUACUGAAGAUGUAAUAGAGUACGACUCACCUGAAGAAGAAGAUGAAGAAGAAGGACCAAACACUACCCUACCUACUCCAGCAGCUAAACCUAAAAAUAGACCUAGACCUUCUUAUCAGUCUCUUAGUCCUAAACCCGCUGCUCAACCCCAGAUAUCAACUCAGAUGUCCGAAUCGCCCAUGAAAGAAUCGACCUUACAGUUACCUGAAUCACCUGAUCCUUCCGCUUCGUCCUCUCGUCCUCCUUCACCCUCGUCCCCCAGAUAUCGACCGAAAGGUCUGCACCACAGACGGACAAGUUCGACCCACCGUGUCAGAGAGACUACCGAUGGGACUCAGACAAGUACAGAGGACGGAACGAGGAUGAUCAACCAGUAUAAGAUAGGUAGAAGUCUGGGGAAAGGUGCCUAUGCGAAGGUCGAGCUGGGUGUUGACGUAGGAACAGGACAGGAAUAUGCUAUCAAAGAGUUCUCAAAAUCUCGAUUACAUUAUCAAGCUCUUCAGGAGAAACAUCGUCAGACGUCUCGUGGAAGGAUCAGGCGUGCUCAAGGUCCAUCUGGCCUGCCUAGGGAGACUGCGAUUAGAAGAGCAGGUGAAGAGCAGAUGCCUGAACAGGAGGGAAAUCAGCCUUGGGGCGGAACGAAGACGAUAGAAGAGGACCCAUUGGGUUUGAUCAGGAGGGAAAUUGCAGUGAUGAAGAAGCUGGAUCAUCCCAAUAUUAUCCACCUAUACGAAGCUAUAUCAGUACCUACCGCCGAUGCGCUGUUCCUUGUCUUGGAGUACUUACCCGGUGGUACCCUCAUGCAAGUGAAUGUCGGCGAGGACGACUCAAAUGCCAAGGCUCCAUUCGAGCUUUCCCAAACAAGAGAAUACUUCAGGCAACUAUGCUUGGGGUUGGAAUAUCUACAUGCAAAUGGAGUGAUUCAUCGUGAUGUCAAACCGGAUAACGUGCUUCUAUCUGCCAAUAAAGAGCUGGUCAAGCUGUGUGAUUUCGGUGUUUCGGAAAUGUUUACGGCAGCGGAUGAUGAUAGAAUCAAAAAAUCGGGAGGAAGUCCAGCAUUCCUAAGUCCGGAAAGUUUCACAGCUCACCAGCAGGAUCUACACGGAAAGGCAGUGGACAUAUGGGCACUAGGUGAGUUGAGGUUGAAAUUUUACAUAGCUGAUGUGAUAGGUGUAACGCUAUACUGUAUGUUAACGGGUAAGCUCCCGUUUAAUGUUCCUACACCCAUGGAGCUGUUCACUGCGGUACGAGAGAAGGAUCCGAAUAUACCGGAAGAUUGGGAAAGCCCUUUGAAGGAUCUGGUGAGGCGCAUGCUAGAUAAAGAUCCUAAGAAGCGAAUCGCUAUGGCAGACAUCAGAGAACAUUCUUGGGUGACGGAGCACGGUCAAGAACCGAUGAUCGAAACCGAUACCAACCUGUUCGAUAUCGGAAAACGUGUGGAGGAACCUACUCAAGAGGAACUCAAGAACGCUAUUGGAUCGUUACGUGGUAUAUUUACCGUUAUACGAGCUGUACAAAAAAUGCGUCGUUUGCAACUACAUCGACGAUCUCAAUCCGGUCAAGGCCCACCAUCACCUGGCUCAACUAACGUAUCCCUCGCAUCCGGAUCGAUGGACUCGUAUGUGUCUGCAGAACUGGGAACAAGCGCGACUUCCGUCUCGGACGAGAAUGAAGAAGCUAGAUAUAGGGACAUAGCUGGUGAGACUGUGAUGAGUCCGAGGUCAAUGAGCAGGGCGUCGUUGGCUAGCACCGAAAGACAGACUUCGAACAAAUUGGAGAAGCUCACUCGCCUUGAUACCAACACUGAUAAGAAGACCAAAAGCGGAGAUGAAAGAGAAGAGGCGGAUGAAAAGGAUAAAGCAGGCAGAAAAGAGAAACACAAAGGGAAAGGUGAAAGUGAAGAGCAUGGCGAUAAUGAUAGGGAGGAGGAUGGAGCGGAUGGAGAAGAUGAGGACGAACAAGUGGUGAUGGUCGAGUCACCUAUCUCAUCAGACGAUGAAGUUCGUAAGACACCCGUUCGAGGUGAACACCAAUAA